AUGUACGCGGGUGAGGUUCUCAAAAUUCCAACAAUCGAUCAUAUAUUCUUUGAACCAGGCCAUUCGCAAAUGGAAUGCGAUUCGGUUCACGCUCAUAUCGAAAAUUCAAGCAGGGACUUGGAAAUAUAUGGUCCAUCAGGCUGGUAUACUGCCAUAAGAAUGACUUCCAAGCAAAAGAAGUACGAUUUAACAGAAAUCAGUCAAAUUGACAUUCUGAAUUUCAAAGAAUUUGCUGCCAAAAUAGUUAAAAAUCGAAAGGUUGAUUGCGAUGGACACAACGUAAGAUGGUUAAAUAUUGUAUGGUUUCAGUACAGAAAAGAUGACACUAAUCAUAUUUAUUUUAAGUAUGAUUUUAAUACUAGAGAUUUUCACAAGUUUAAAAUACAAAGACGGCCAAGUAGGUUAUUUGAUCUUAAGAAUGCGGAACUUAAACAAAAAUAUAAUGGUCCCAUUCCUAUUGACAAGAACAAGUUGGCAGGCUUACACGAGCUGUGUCGAAAAGGUUUCAUAAAAAAAACCUUACCAUUUUUUUUUUACUACAGUCUUCAAGAAGGACAUCAGAAUGAAGAUGACAACGAAGAUUUGUAG